CUUCGUGUGUUUAUGUCUUGCACGAUUUUACCAACUUAUCAUUUUGUUCAUUUAUAAAAUAGGCUAAAAUAAUUGAUGCGGACUUGCCAUAAAGACUUAGGAAAUGUCUUCGAAACCUACAUGUUUGAUGGUGGCAAGUGCGUCUCCUCAAGGAGUGUCCGCAACGUCUUUCCACCAAUCCUUCAAUCUUUGUAGCUCAGCGUUUAAUCUCCAAACAGCCACACCGGGGGGAAAGACGAUAGACUUUGUUGGAGUUGAUGAAAGCACUGCCAGAUGGGUACAGGAUUUCAGCGUGAAACCUUAUGCAACACCAGCCAAACUUGAAUCUAUAGAUGGUGCCCGAUAUCAGGCGCUCCUCAUCCCGGACUGCCCUGGAGCAGUGAAUGACCUGGCACACAGUGGCUCUCUGCACCGCAUUCUCUCGCACUUCAUUUGUCACCAAAAGCCUAUUUGUGCAGUGGGACAGGGAGUGUCAGCUCUGUGCUGUGCCACCGAGGGACAGAAGUGGAUCUUCAAUGGCUACAGUUUAACAGGGCCAUCCGUAUUUGAAUUGGUCCGAAGACCUGACUUUGCCAACCUGCCCUUGAUUGUGGAAGACUUUGUGAAAGACAGCGGAGGGUCAUACACAGCAAGUCAAGAAGAUGCAGUGCAUGUCGUCAUAGACAGACACCUGAUAACUGGUCAGAACAUGCAGUCGACCUCACUUGCUGUAAACAAUCUAAUCCUGCUCUGUAGUGGCAAGUAAAAAAUAUAAAAACGUC